AUGAAUUGCCCAUUUCAAAUUUGUGGAAGAAUGAACCAAGGCACUAGUUGGAGAGUCGAAAUUAAAUAUCUUUCUCAUAACCAUAAUUUAUCAAGUGAUAUUUCGGGACAUCCUUAUACCCGGCGUUUCUCAAGGGAGGAAGUUAAUGAGAUUAAAGAGAUGAUUGCUGCCGACAUUGCUCCACGGCAGAUACUUACAAAACUUCGAAAAGGUAACUCUAAUCUAAAAGCAAUAUCUAGAACACUUUAUAAUGUGAAGGCUAAAAUUAUUAAAGAUGGGCUAGGAGGCCGUUCAAUGAUCCAAGCUUUGAUGGAUGAACUUGGUAAAGGUGGUUUUACGUAUGAUGUUGAGUGUGAUAAUGAAGGACAUGUGACACAUUUGUUGUUUUCUCAUCCAAGUUCGAUUGAAUUAGCAAGAAUUUACUCAUAUACUUUUGUGAUGGACUGCACUUAUAAGAUUAACAAGUAUAAAAUGCCUUUACUUGAUAUUGUUGGAGUUACUAGUUUUAAUACAUCAUUCUUUUGCGGUUUUGCCUUCUUAUUUAAAGAGGAGGAAAGUGAUUAUGUGUGGGCACUACAAAAAUUUGGUAAGAUUUUGGGUUAUGAUAAACAACCAUCGGUGAUUGUGACUGAUCGAGAAUUGGCUUUGAUGAAUGCAAUUAAAGUUGUUUUCCCUAAUACUUGUAAUUUGUUGUGUGUAUGGCACAUUGAAAAAAAAUUUUAG